CGACCUUCGGGUUCUAUUGCCGGGUUCUCGAUCGUUCUGAAUCGGCCGGUUUCGAUCUCUUCCGCAGGUCCGAUUUGUAGUUCUCCUGUAAACUCGCCCGGAAAAGCCAUCGGACCUCAAUCUGACGUCGUUUUGGAGGAACUAGUGAUCCGAAGACAAAGUGCACUUGGCCUGAAGAAGCUCUAAGAUUGUUCGGUGUAAAUUUCCAUAUAGUGGCCUGUUAGCACAAUGCAAGAAGCUAGGGAGGAUGAGGUUGCUUGCAAUGAACAUUCCAUUAAAGAGAAGGAGCAUACACUUCAUCAGCUUGAGGAGGAGUUGAAUAAUCUAGAAAAUUCAGUAAAGCUAUUGAAUGCCAAUCUAGAUGAACAGAAUGAAAGAAAAGUCGAGGUUCUGAAUGAAAUGCAAGAGCUACAAGAGAGAAUCAGUAAGGAGGAUGCUAAUACAAGUGUGCAGAGGUUGUUAUCGCUUUUGAAAUUAUUGAAGUCUCAGGAAAGGCAAGAAUCUGAUAUCCAGUCCUGUCACGAAGCAAAACAUUCCAAAUUGAAAGCUGAGGUUGUUGAUUUGGAGGAAAAAGUUGCAAGUGGAAAUGGUAGUGAAAGUAUCUCUAAUGGGUUUGAUAAGUUUUUACACAACUGCCUGGAGGAACUGAAUGCAGCAAAGAGGGAACUUGCGGGUAGACUAAGGGCAAUACUAUUGCUAAAGCGGCAGCUCGAUGAUGUACCAUCACAAACGGAACUCAUCCAAUAUGAACGGCGGUUUUCAGAACUCUAUGUUCAUAUCCAGGAAAAGCUUCAACAAACUCGUAAAUUCUAUGCUACUUAUAAUGCUCUUGUAGAUAAAGAAUUGAUGUUAAAGGAAACAUCCUUAUUAAACUCAAUAAAUUCACAGUUUCAAGAUGCUAUUACUAGCACUGCUGGUCGCCUGAAGCUUAUUAAUUCCAUGGAAGGAAUUGUUAAGGGAGCUCAACAGAAACUGGAAAAGGUGCAACUUGGGCUUCAAGCAGAGCAGAAGGUAUGUGAUGCUCUCAAGGAGAGGCAUGCUGCAGCAAUUGCAGAGCAAAGGCGCUGCUAUUCUCUUUUGAAAGCUUUCCAGGAGGAAUGCACAAAGAACGAGAGACUUCAGAGGCAAACUUCCAUGUAGAAACACACUCCCUCAUAUGUGAAGUUGUGUUGAAGCGCCAUUGACAUUCACAGGUGGUGUUUGUUUUUUUGGUUUUCUGCUGAAAGCAAUUUGUUUUCAGAAUUUAA